AUGGCUCGGCCGACCAAGGCUCAGCAGUUCGCUAUAUACGAAGAUGAAGAUGCCGACGCUGCGGACAGUGGCAUUCCAAGCCCAGAUCCAGAAGGUGACAAGACCAAGAAGGACCUGAGUCAAGAACAUCAUUUCGACACACUCGCACUCGCAUCACAGCUCAGCCCAGGUGACGAAGCAGACGAUGAUGCCGACAGCACAUACCUUGCCGGACAGCAUGGAGACGCCGACGAUGAGAGACGCCAGUCAGCCUUCACGUCCACCUCCAUCUCGUCGCUACCAGAAUCUGCCUUCGAGACCGACUAUGAGCGCGGCGUGAUGCAUAAGCCUUACACCCCACCAUCAAUGCGCCCCACUUUUCGACGACCAGAAUCUGUAAGGCGCAUGCAGAUGUCCUCGCCAACGCCGUCAGUGAGGAACUUGCGACGAUCAGUCCUCUCUCCACCACGGGCACGAACGCCAAGGUCAACGACAUCGAGUGUCAAAGGCAGUCCGAGGCCGAAGCGCUUGCAGGAAGAAGAUAUCGAAGAAGAAAAGAAAGACUAUCCACUGGUGCUCCUCCACAUCACCCUCUUACCGGUGAAGCUGCGAUGGAGCUACGAAAGCAUGCGAGACAUUUUACCCGCCAACAUUCUGGAAGACUUGCAGCUCUUGCGCUCAAAAACAUCCGAGACUAUCAUUCAACGCGGUAUCCUCAUCCCGCAUCCCCGCGAGGAAUAUGAACUGUUGGAAGAGCGGUUGCUGGAAGCAUUGGAGCUAAAGAAAGAGCGUAUCACCAAGUGCGGACAUUUCAGGGCACGAGAUUCCAUAAGCUCCACUUCCUCUGCGGACUCUGGUGUUGGAUCUAGUGUGGAGGGCUCUGACAGCAACCUUUGCGAGACAUGCCAUCACCAUUUGAGGACAGUCAAUUCAGUUGUUAGCACUGGCGGCCGUAAAUGGAGCAUCAAGGUAUUUGCUGCAAAUGGGCUGAUGAAAGCUCCAGCAUGGGCCGCCGGAUGGUCAGAGAUGGAGCGAGUGGAUGUUGAGAUUCUGCCCUGGAUCAACGACGAUCUUCGGAAAAGGCUAGACGCGAGAAGAGGGGAAGAGGAUGCGGAGCGGAGAUUGCAAGAGGAGGAUGAGGAGGCGAGGAUACGCGCAUUGGUUGAAGAACAAGUCCGAAUCGCACACGAGGAACAGAAGUGGGUGGCCCCAGAGGAGCGACGCAUGAUGCAGCAUUUGCCGCCGACCGGUCAAGAAGUUCAAGUGGAUAUGCCGGUGCACUCUGACCCUCAACUGCAACCAGCACGAAUAGACCUGCCACAAGUGUACCGUCCGAAGGAUAUUCCACUAGCGCUGCUUUUGAAGAAUUACAUCUUUCUCCUGGCUCAGGAUAGGCGCAACAUCGCUGUCUUCGCUCUGAGCGCUCUGGCAUUCUGGCUUAGUUUACGCGCGGCGGUUGUCUCGAACAGCGUUGAAGGCACCACAACUGGAAUAAUGCACACUCGUUCGAGAUCUCAUUAUGACAUUCCGUUGAUGCCCGAGAUGGACGAGACGGCUCCUUUGCAACCAGUCGAUGAGAUCUUCCUAGGAAGAAGCGCUUUCGAGGACCUCACACCCCACGUAGAGGCUACAUCAACAAGCAGCGCAUUGACUCCCCUCGAGACGUUCUUUGACUCAGAUGUAGAGACAUCGAGCACAAUUGUCACUGACAAGCUGAGUCGCAUCAUAUCCUCGUCAAGCGCAGAGACCAUGGAACGAGCUUCCUAUCCGACAGAAGCCAUUCACAGAACAAACGACUUCUCCAAGCCGUAUCUUCACUCAUGGUACCUGUGGACUGGCCCACUUACCUUCAGAUUGGAAAGAUCCGCAUUACGACCUUCAGAGAUUGAAAGCACGCCAGAAUCUUGGCUGACCAGGCAUCAAUAUCACCCAAUCACGCCCCAUUGGAAGAGCAGCAUAUGA